UGUGCUGUACUCCCUUUUGGCUUGUGGUCCAUCCAGUCUGGCUUCCAAAAACUCUGGAAACCAUGCUCAAGGCUUCUCUCGCAGUGACUAGGCAAUGCCCCGUUAGAAAAUGGCAGAUCCUCAGCUGUAUGUCCCUUCAGAAUCUUCCGGCGAGACAUACCCGACCCGUCUCAUCGAUUGUCAAGCAUCACAUUGCAGACUCGCACGCUGGCUCUUCACCAUCUUCAUCCGGCAACUCGUACACCGUUCUCAGUCCGAAGUCCCGUGUGAAAUUACAUCAAGUCACAGGUACAACCUCGGAGGACGUUCAAAGAGCUGUAAAGACAGCGUACCUCGCUCAACCGGGGUGGGCUUCGACAUCGAUAGAAAGGCGAAGCGAGAUCGUACGUGAAGCUGCAAACUUGAUCAAAGAUCGCCAGAGCGGAUGGUACGAUAAGCUUGCUAGGUCAGAUAGAGAGGAGACAUCUGUAUCGGAUUUCUGGGCGGACCAACAAUUGAACGAUGUCGUGCAGUUCAUGGAUACUUUGGCGGACGUAGCGGGAGACACGUUGAAGUCGACAAAACGAGUGGAAGGGCAUCACUCUGUGUAUACGCAGCGAAAACCAUACGGUGUCUGCCUAGCCAUAGCAGCAUGGAACGCGGUCCACCUGUUGACAUCCCGAGCAAUCAUCACGCCUCUCUUGGCGGGCAACACCGUGAUCCUCAAGACGUCUGAAUACGCUCCUCGGACUCAACUCCUAUGGGCCGAAUUAUUGUUCGAAGCGGGUUUACCUAGAGACUGCUUGACAGUCUUACAUUCUUCGAAGGAAGAUGCAGGCUGGGUCGUCCCUGAGUUGAUCGCAGAUUCACGGGUCAGACACGUCAACUUUACUGGCUCGUCGGGGACCGGCUCAAUCAUCGCUUCCCUCGCUGGGAAACACUUGAAACCUAGCAUUAUGGAAUUGGGAGGUAAAGCUCCAGCGCUGAUCCUCCCCGAUGCAGAUCUUGAUCUCGCCGCAAAUCAUCUCCUUUUCGGAGCUUGGAUGAACGCUGGUCAGGUCUGCAUGAGUACGGAACGCAUUCUGGUCCCUGAAAGCCAAUACGAUGCGCUCGUCGAGUCUCUCCGCAAGGUCUGGGCAUCCGUCAAGGGGAGCAAGGUUUCAGCACCCAAGGUUUUAUGCGAUAUAAAGGCAGCCGAAAAGGUUCAUGACAUGAUAGAAGAUUCCAUAGGUAAAGGAGCGAAGGAGAUCCUGUCGUAUGAUCAAGUCGCUCUGGCCUCCUCGGACCAAUGGACAGUAUCUCCUAACAUCUAUGGACCCAUCACGAGCGAUAUGAGGUUGUAUAUCGAGGAAUCUUUCGGUCCCAUCAGCGCCGUAAUCCCCGUUUCUGGUGGAAAAGGAGCGGAUGAGCGGGCUACCACGGACAAAAUGGUCGAUAUUGCCAAUAGCUCAUCGUAUGGAUUAUCAGCGAGCGUUUGGAGUCGAGAUGUCGAGAAAGCAAUGAUCGUUGCGAAGAGGUUAGAAAGUGGAGCAGUGCACAUCAAUGGACCUACUUGCUUUGAUGCCCCUCUCACUCCGCACGGUGGAUGGAAACAUUCCGGUUGGGGUCGAUUCAACGGACCAGAGGGCCUCCUGGGAUUCACUCAGCUUCGAUGUAUCACAACACCUACGACAGAUCCGCACGCAUUACCAUUGGAAUUGCUCAUACCUUAGCCCGAAUUUAUGCCAGACCAAAAAGGGGAUACGAUGAACACAUCAUCAUCGUCGUCAUGCUCGCGCGGAUCUCCCGUUAACUACUGCACCCUUUCCUUAGCAUCAGUGCUGCCCCUUAAUAUGUCUACAAAGCCGCUGUCCUUCCGGCUGGAGCCGAGGUCGAUACGUGACAUCUUGCAGUGGGAGUCAGAUAUGAGCGAGGGCUAAAAUGCCAUCAUGCAU